CAGGAAAAAGAUAGCACGGUCGACGAUCCUCCGCCGCAAUCCUUCUAAUCUGCUGCUGGAGAGGAGAGGCCAACGUAGCUUAGUGUCGAAACAUACCGACUAGCGAAGGAGGUGGUGGCUGGCGGCGGCAGCAACGGCGAUGGGGAUCUGGGGCUGGCCGUGGGGGCGGCGUGGGCUCUCGGGCUUCGGAUCCGCGUCCACCGCUGAGGACAUCGCCGCCGGCAUCGACGCCAGCCAUCUCACAGCCAUCGUCACUGGAGCAACAAAUGGCAUUGGCAAGGAGACGGCCAGAGUUCUUGCACUGAGGGGAGCAAACGUGAUCAUACCAGCAAGGACGCUCGAGAGUGGCCUGAAGGUGAAAGAGAGCCUCGCUGAAGAGGUCCCGAGCUCCAAGCUACAUGUCAUGGAGAUGGAUCUGAGCUCCCUCGACUCUGUGCGCACCUUCGCGGGCUCCUUCAACUCCUCCCAUAAGCAUCUGAACGUCCUCAUAAACAAUGCAGGAAUAAUGGCCUGCCCUUUCCAGCUAUCCAAAGAUGGCAUUGAGCUACAAUUCGCAACGAAUCAUCUCGGCCAUUUCUUGCUGACAAAUCUUCUACUUGACAAGAUGAAAUCAACUGCCAAGGAGACCGGUGUGCAGGGUAGGAUCGUAAACCUAGCUUCAACAGCUCAUAGAAGGAGUGAUGGCAAAGGCUUUGAUCUGAACAAGCUGAACAACGAGUCCAAGUACAAUGCAUUUAGUGCAUACUCACACUCCAAAUUAGCAAAUAUUCUCCAUGCAAAUGAGCUAUCCAGGCGUUUUCAGGAAGAAGGAUGUGAUCUGACUGCAAAUUCGCUGCACCCUGGAAUCAUCGGAACCAACAUCGUUCGCUACAUCACGACAAACAGUGUGCUGGCCUCGAUUUUCUCGCUGGUCAAGCCUUUUGUGAAGGAUAUACCCCAGGGAGCUGCAACUACCUGUUAUGUGGCAUUGCAUCCUGAUACCAGGGGUGUGUCCGGCAAAUACUUCGCUGGUUGCAACGAGGCGACGCCGACCUCCGUUGCAAGAGAUGCAGAGCUGGCCAAGAGGCUGUGGGCGUUUAGUGAAGAACUUGUAGAAAAUAGAUCAAAGUGAUGCGAUGCGGUGUGCUGUGAUUGUGUGCAGCGGCGACGCAUAACUCCGCCACUGAUUGUUUGUAUAUAUGCAUGUACUGAUCGAAGAGGGUAUGUCUACCUACCUACUGUAAACUGCCAAAAAAAAAUCCGUGAAUACGGAAAAUCUUUGCAUAUCUUUUCAUCGA